GGCGUGGAUGGCUUAGUUUUCCUUCUUGUAAGCCGGGGCCGAAUCAUGGAGCCUGUGCUGCCUGCAAGGGGCAACCGGGAGAAUGUUCUCGGAAAAGCGACAGCUGAAAUGUACGUGUCCAGCUUUCCUUCCGAACAAAAGACGGAGCAAGAGAAGCUGUCUGGCGUAGUAAAGAGAGUGCACCGGGAUCUGCGCAAGAAGUAUCGGGAAGCUGGAGACUUUGAAAAAAUUUGGCUGGAGCACUGUAAAGAUAAGGGAAGAUUGUGCGAAUAUGCUGUUGCAAUGAAAGCCUUGGCAGAUAAUCACUGGGCAAAGAAAUGUGAAGGGGAAGGCCGUAUUGAAUGGUGCCUCGGUGUUUGCCAAGAAUAUUUUUUCAAUGGAGGAAAGAAGAAAGCAAUAGAAAAAGAUGCAAGGAGAACUGCUUUAAAUAAGUUACAGUCUUCAAACUGUGCAGAAGCUGAAGUUUCUGAUUUCAGUGUUCCAAAUCCGAAAUCAUUGAAUGAUGAAUAUAUGAUUGGCAAGAUAAGAUUGCUUGAUGUAGGAAGCUGCUAUAAUCCCUUUUUGAAAUAUGAAGAUUUUUUGGCUGUUGGCAUUGAUAUCGUUCCUGCUGUUGAGACUGUUUUCAAAUGUGACUUCCUGAACCUGCAGAUUCAGAGACCACUUCAGCUUGCUCCAGAUGCAAUUGAUGCCUUUCUAAAACAACUACAGAGUCCCAUUGAUUACUUACCUGCUGAACUUUUCCACGUUGUUGUUUUUUCAUUACUUCUUUCUUACUUUCCUUCUCCUUACCAACGCUGGAUUUGCUGUAAAAAAGCCCAUGAACUUCUCACUUUCAAUGGUUUGCUGCUCAUUAUAACACCGGAUUCUUCACAUCAAAAUCGACAUGCUGUGAUUAUGAAGAGCUGGAAAAUUGCUAUUGAGUCUCUUGGCUUUAGACGUAUGACCUACUCCAAAUUCUCACACAUGCAUCUAAUGGCAUUUAGAAAAACGUCACUAAAAACUACAAGUGAUUUGAUUACUAGGAAUUAUCCAGAUAUGCUUUACAUUCCUCAGGAUUUGAAUUAUGACAGAGAAGAGGAUCAUUUCAGUAAUUGCUGCCUCCGAUCAGAACUUGAAGAUGAACAACUUGCCUGCGGUUUUACAGAACUACCAGACACUCCAUAUGACUCCGACUCUGGAGACAGUCACAACAGCACAAUGCCUUUCUAUGAGUUUGAAGAUCCUAUACUAAUAGGAUAGUGUCCAAAGCUUUUGUGACACUAAUGCCAAAAAGCAGCUAUCCUGGGCCAACAUCAAUCAAGAUUUUUAAGGAUUUUUAGUGCCUAAAUAUACCUUAAUUGCGCGUACACAAUAAUAAUGGUUAAAAGUUCUUGUUUAAGGCUUCAUGUUCCAAUAAAUAGGUAUGACCAGUUUUGUAAGCUUUGGCAUGACUUCACCGAUUUGUUACUUGUUUAUUCCCUGUUAGUUUUGCAGGCAUUUUAGUACAGCAGCUAUACAGCAGUCUGGCCAGUUUCAACCAUGCUGCCUAUACAAAUUUCACCUCACUGUCAACUCUUUGGCUUAUACAGUCACUGCAGCAGUCAAAACCCCCAUUUGUCAUGAAGCUUUCUGGGUCUUACAGGUUUUAUACAAACAAAAAUCUCACUGAAUGUGCAUUAGUUAAAGUAAAAGCAUAAAUUGAAUCUAAACCCAAAAAUGUACUGAUGUAAAUUUAAUCUGUGUGCAUCUCUGAGCAUUUAUGCAAUUUACAUUCAUUUUCUGAGAUUUAGCAUUAUUAGACUGCUAAUACUCAGAUUAUGAACUGGGAGUCUGCAUCCCUAUAGUUAACUGAAUCCCAGAAGUGCAUAGAAGUUGCUGACUCUUAUCAAGAGUCGAAUCUGAGUUCAUGGGAGUUUGUAAAAUAUCCCAUGAACUCGGAAUUCAGGGGAAAAAAUGACCAAUCGAAAAAAAAAACGCAUUUUUCAAAUUCGGGUGAAUGGGUUAGACCAGCAAACUCGAAUCUAAUUAGAUUUGAAUUUUUUCACAAAAAAACCUCUAUUUUCAGGAAGGCUGCAAACAACUCCAAAUUGAUCCUAAUGGGCCAGUACAUGAUAAAUUUUGAAAAUCAAAUUUUAAAAACUUGAAAUGAAAUUUUGACUAUUCCCGAGUCGAAUAGCACUAAAAAAAUGUUCAAAAUUCCAAUUCAUAAAUUAGGAUUUUCAACUCGACCCUUGAUAAAUCUGUGCUUAAAGAGAGCUGUUGAGCAAAGCUUUCCUAGCAUUAAAACACUGUUCAAAACUGUGAGUAGCUCAAAACAUAAAAUAAAUGGAAAUUGUAAAAGAGCUCAGAGGACCACUCUUUUUAAUAGUUAUGCCAAUUCAUAUUUUGAGGUCUAGAUCCACUUUAAAAGGAAAUCUCAUUCAAGUGAAUAUACCUUAUUUACAGGUGUUUUGUACCAUCACAGCAGUUUUUUUUUAAAUAGGGAAGGUGCCUAUUGCAUUGUCCCCAGAUUUCUGACAGAGCUCAGAUUAACUCUGCUGUCCCCUUAUUGCAAUGUCAGAGUAUGCGAGCACAGUACAACGUCUUGUAUAAACCUUAUAGCUAAGAUAAUUUGCUCCAUGGCUGCAAAGUGUUACUGAAAUAUGUAUCAUUUGAUUUCAGAUCCUAAAAUGAAGGAGUUCUGCACAGGGGUGGGGGUGGUUCACCUUUAAGGUAACUUUUAUUAUGUUAUAGAACUGCCAGUGCUAAGCAACUUUUCAAUUAGUUUUCAUUAUUUUUUUUAUAGUUGUUUGCCUUUUUCUUCUAGCUCUUUGCAGCUUUUAAAUGGGCGUCGCUGACUCCCUUCUAAAAAAACAAAUGCUCUGUAAGGCUACAAAUGUAUUGUUACUGAUGCUUCUAUUCAGGCCCUUUCCUAUUCAUAUUCCAGUCUCUUAUU